GGAGGAGGGGAUUGAUAAUCAGCUUGUUGAGACAGUGGUGAGAAAGAGCCCGGGGAUUGUGUUGAUCGAGGCCAGAGGUUUACCUGGGUUAGCCCUACAAACACGCAAGCUUUAAAACACAAGAUUUGGAUUUUCAAAUUAGCUACCUAAGGAAAUCACUUUGUGCCAGCUUGGUGGUUGUUUCAGUGUAAUAUCCUGCUGUCGUUAUUUGUUGUGUCAGUAAAAGCAGCAGAAAAUAAAACUGUCCUUAAAGGCAUCUCUAACAAAAAGGCAUCAAGCUCAACAGAAGAGGCGGGGGGGGGGAGUGCUAGGGCAGGAGUGGGUGGAGGAGCCACAUGCUAGCCUCUUCCUUUGGUAGGUGGAUCCUGACAUUUUAAAUUCGAAAGAGGGGGAAAAUUCAUGAUUCAUUUGCAUGAAUACAAUGCUCUUGGAAGGUCUCCUGAUAGGAGAGAAAUGAUAGCUUCAGCUGAUGAAUGAAAACUACCUAAUGCAAAACGGGAAGUGUUAAGCAUAACUGGUUCCUUUUUAUGGCAUUUGGGGAACUAUCAAAAGAACUCUCUGUGGCAGUUAAGGAAGCUGGAAGGAUAAAAGGAUGGGUGGGUGUAGCCCAGCUACACCCUUUUCCAACUCCCAAGUGAGCAGAAGUAGCUGCCAUUGGAUCCCGAUGGAAGGCAACAACUUAAACUUGUGAAUUGGUAGGAGCCUUUGAUCCGCUGGGACAUGGACAUCCACAUCGUGCCACUCAGCAUGUGUUUGGCCAGCCUGCUGUCGUCUUUAAAGCAGCCUUCCCAGCAUUGAUUUCCCUGGGUGUUGUUUCCUGCUUGUAUUGUAAUGAUGAUCAGUAGCGUAAAGUAUCUUAGGGAUCGUCAGUCUUAGUGUGAAUUUGACUGUGACAACGUUCAAGAAGUUAAGAAAACCCUUCAGCUUUGGAUUAUGAAGGUCCCGAAGUUCUGUCCAGCCUUUCCUGGUGCUGUUGUCAUGACACAGCGUCCCACGUGGAACUCUGUGGAGUAAGGAAGACCCAGAGGAUCUUGGAAGAGAGCUGAAGAGGAGGAACAUCUAGAGAACCUUCCAUUCUCACCAGCAGGACAAAGAAAAUACUAGGAAUGAACUGCAGGCAGCGUGACUGGUGCGAGGCUGAAGCCUUUGGUGUUGUUGAUCACUGGUCCACCUUUCAGUGUGAGAGAAGGCUGUAUGAACAGGAUGGCCUCAUCUUACAGAGGGUUUUGGUCCAAGCAGCAGGCUCCGCUCCCAAAGGAGCGCAGAUGCAGCAAAUCUCUGUUCCCAGAGUUCAGCAGGUUCCACAACAGGUGCAAUCCGUGCAGCAUGUAUAUCCAUCCCAGGUCCAGUAUGUGGAAGGAGGAGAAGCUGUCUAUACCAACGGAACCAUACGAGCUGCCUACUCCUACAACACCGAAGCUCAGAUUUACGCCCCCAGCAGUGCAGCUUCCUAUUUCGAACCGCAGGGAGGUGGAGCUCAGGUGACUACAGCGGCAUCCUCUCCUACAGCCAUUCCCUCUCACAACAUGGUGGGCAUCACCAUGGACAUUGGGGGAAGUCCGAUCCUCUCCAGCUCGGGAGCCUAUCUCAUUCAUGGGGGGAUGGAAAACACUAGACAUUCUCUGUCACAUACUUCACGCUCCUCUCCAGCAACGCUUGAAAUGGCGAUUGAAAACCUACAAAAAAAUGAAGGGAUUACAUCACACAAAAGCAGUUUGCUCAACAGCCAUCUCCAGUGGUUGUUGGACAACUAUGAGACAGCGGAAGGCGUUAGCCUUCCCAGGAGCUCUCUGUACAACCACUACCUGCGGCACUGCCAGGAGCACAAACUGGACCCGGUGAACGCCGCUUCCUUCGGAAAACUCAUCCGGUCGGUAUUCAUGGGGCUGAGGACUCGCCGCCUGGGAACCAGGGGAAACUCCAAAUAUCAUUAUUAUGGGAUCCGUCUGAAGCCAGAGUCUCCACUGAACCGCUUGCAGGAGGACACACAGUACAUGGCCAUGAGGCAGCAGCCCAUCCACCAGAAGCAGAGGUACAGACCGGCGCAGAAGAUGGAUGGCAUGGCAGAAACUGGGUCCAACAGCAACCUGCACACUACCCCGGAGCAAUCGGUUGCUGCUCAAAGUCAGCAUCAUCAGCAGUUCAUAGAUGUAACCCAUGUCUUUCCUGAGUUCCCAGCCCCUGAUCUAGGCAACAUCUUCUUACAAGAAGGGGUCACCAUGAAUGACGUGAAAACUCUGCAGCUUCUUUACAGGCGCCACUGCGAGGCAACUUUGGAUGUUGUAAUGAACCUUCAGUUUCAUUACAUUGAGAAACUGUGGCAAUCCUUCUGGAGUCCUAAAACACCAUCUAGUGAUGGCUCUACUGCCCUGCCAUCCAGCGAAGAAGAACACGAAGGAACCCUCCCAAAAGAUAAGCUGAUCACUCUGUGUAAAUACGAACCUAUCCUCAAGUGGAUGAGAAGCUGCGAUCACAUCUUGUACCAGGCCCUGGUGGAAAUUCUCAUCCCAGAUGUGCUCCGACCGGUGCCCAACUUCUUUGCAGGCACACUUACACAGGCGAUCCGUAAUUUUGCCAAGAGUUUGGAAGGGUGGCUGAUGAAUGCAAUGAGCGAAUUCCCCCCCCAGAUUGUCCAGACAAAGGUUGGGGUAGUUAGUGCCUUUGCCCAGACGUUACGGAGAUACACAUCCCUGAACCACCUGGCUCAGGCUGCUCGUGCGGUGCUGCAGAACACUUCCCAGAUAAACCAGAUGCUCAGUGAUCUCAAUCGGGUCGACUUUGCCAAUGUGCAGGAGCAAGCCUCAUGGGUAUGCCAGUGCGAGGAAGGCAUGGUACAGAAGCUGGAGCAGGAUUUCAAGCUCACUCUGCAACAGCAGAGCUCCCUGGACCAGUGGGCUAGUUGGCUGGAUAAUGUCGUUACUCAAGUCCUGAAGCAUCAUGAGGGCAGUCCCAGCUUCCCAAAGGCAGCCAGGCAGUUCCUGUUGAAAUGGUCCUUCUAUAGCUCCAUGGUGAUCCGCGACCUCACCUUGCGCAGUGCUGCCAGCUUUGGUUCCUUCCACCUGAUUCGCCUGCUCUAUGAUGAAUACAUGUUUUAUCUGGUAGAGCAUCGUGUUGCCCAGGCAACAGGGGAGACGCCGAUUGCCGUAAUGGGAGAGUUCAGUGACCUUACAUCCAUGUCCCCAACACUGCUGGACAAAGAUGACAUCAGUGAUCUGGGCAGCGAGGUGGACAUGGAUUCCCGGAGUGUGGGGGAGCCACUCGUGAAGCGAGAACGCAGCGAUGCCGGCCACUCGCUGCAGGAGAUCUAACACGGGGACUUGGCUUUUCUCUGGCUGGACGAGGUUUGAUCUGCAAGCCUGAGUCUCCCCAUGUCUGCGCUACUAGUGCCUCUUAGUUUCUCUAUAUGUUUACUGCUGUUUGAGGAAGGGCUGUGGGUGGUGAGCUGGGGUGGGCGGUGGGAGGGGGCUGCGCUUUGUCUGUGUACAAAGAGCGCGUGGGACGGACGCCUGCCUGCCCCCUGCUCUCUGCCAGCAGCAGCAGUAGCAUGGCUGCUGGGUGGAGGGUGAAGGUCCAAAGUCUGCUAAAGAGAGUGCAAAGCCUCCAUGGUUCAUGACGAAUUGGAUGUGCCUGGUGAGGAGAGGCUGUGCCCAGCCAAACGGGGGGAUGAUGGAGGGGCACAUGAGGCUUUCUCUUUCAGGGAAGGUGGUUUGGGUUCCUUCCCCACUUCUCAGACUUCACUGUGAUACAAACUUGAACCAAUCAGUGCCCAAGAGGAAGGAAAAAUGCCUGACCCUUCUCCUACAGACUUUCAAGACAUACUGUCCUGGCUCUGACUUUGCCAAAUCGUUCGUGCUGGGCACACACGUACUGUGCAUCUCUUGAACCCACCCGGAGGACUCCAGGCUGUGCCGUGACCUGGUCCCUGCCGAGCAGUGCACGACGCGCUCUGGGACUAUGGGAUGAGCGCUCCCUGCUGCACCUGUGUCUUGCCAGCUGUGUGUUCCGUCUGCGAAUGAUCCUGGGGCACUGUCAGGCCAACUCAAGAUACCAAAGGACUCUGAGGACGCAGCAGCUGGCCACAAAGCUGGCUCUGAUGCCCAUGACCGUGAGAUGGGGGCAUCCCCAUCCUCACCAGGGUACCCACGCAGAAGGGAUGAUCCCACACCCUGAGCUCCCAGCAGGUUCUGUACAAUUCUUGCUUGAUGUCUUGCUAAAAUACUGACGUGGCCCCGCACGUGGGCCUGUGUCCAGAGCGUGGGCAAGGGGUGUGCGACCGCAGUGCCUUAGGGUGGGCAGCGUGCCUGCUUCCCACAGUGCUCAGCCCUGGCCCUGCAGCAGCGAGGGGCUCUCCGUGGGCCCUGGCCAGUGCCAUGCUCAGCACCGCAGUGGCGUUUCCCUUGCUGCUUCGCUUCUCCUGCUCCCGUGCUGUUGCUGCACUGGCUCCUGCAGGGCUGAGCUGGGGCUCUGACCCCACGAGGUCCGUGUGGUCGCCGACGGCGGGGCUGGUGGGGGGGCUGUCAUCAAGCCAAACUGCAAAAACAAAGCCCCAGGGCAAACCUGUCCGUGAAUAAAGGCUGUGUCAUAAAUAGCUUUUAUUAUAAUUAUUUCUAAUGAUGUUUUAUACGGUAUUUGAUGUGAGCUUUUCCAGGGGCCUCAUGUACAUUUGCAUAUCAGAGUAUAUUCUAUCCAAAUAUAAUACUUACUCAUUCAAAGUGGUACUAAGGUACUUGUGACACUUUAAGAAAAAUUGCUAAUGAAAAGUAAAAAGAAAGUGUGUACAGUGGCACAUCUUUCCCUCCUACUGUCCUGUGCUGUUGUCUGUCAGGGUGAUGUCUAUCUGUAAAUGUCUCAUAUCAAAGUAGCAGGAGACAAAUGAGAAAGCUGGAUAUAUUUGUAAAUAAUGACAAUGAAUACUCCCUGGGUCAGUGCACUUCAGAUCCUGCUGAUGAGAUCAAAUGGUCAAAAAAACCACAACUGAGCAACGAAGUCUUAUACUCCCCUGCUCCCACAGAGUGUGAAAACUCCAGCUGGUGCAUUGGCUCUUCUUUGCAGCCCCUACUGACCGAAGCCAGCCACCUCCUGCUCACCACGGACAUGCAAGCAAGGUGCUCUGGAACCGUGCAGCACCAUGCAAGGAGUCUGGAUAACCACCUAAACCCCACAUGCACAAAAUUCCCAGCUAAACCUGAAUAGCAAUAAACAUAUAUCAAAUGCUCA